AAAGAUAAAGUUCUUCUGCUGGAUGAAAUCCUAUUAGCAAACUCUGAUCGGGAAAGACUAGCAACGGAAACGGAAGUGAUCGUAUCUCAAGCAAAAGAUCGUCAAGGCUUCUUGGACGAAAUCAAUUCCGUUAAACCAAAAGCACUUUAUAGACAUUUCGGUGGAGAUCGCAGUGUCAAAAUUACGGGUAAAUUCGAUCAAUCGCUGGUAUCCCAAUUGCCUACUUCUUUGCAAUUCAUCUGUCAUAAUGGAGCAGGUUAUGAUCAGUUGGAUAUCCAAGCUCUAACAUCCAAGAAGAUUCAAGUUUCAAAUGUUCCGAAAGUGGUCGAUGAUGCAACCGCAACUACUGCACUGUGGUUAUUGAUCGGCGCUUUACGUCAAUUUUCCACUGCUGUUCAACAGAUGAAUGAGGGAAAGUUCAAUUCACAAUUCCCAUUCAAGCAAGCACGGGAUCCUGGACCAAGACAAGCUAAAGUUCUCGGUAUCGUGGGAGCUGGGGGAAUCGGGAAAUCUUUGGCGAGUAAAGCAUCUUCGGCUUUAGGCAUGCAGAUCUUGUAUCAUAAUAGGAACAGAUUGUCUCCCGAACAAGAAGCUGAAAUGACUAACGGAAGUUCUGUUGGACCAGCAGAGUAUGUGUCCAGCUUGGAAGACUUGCUGAAAAGAUCAGACGCUGUUUCUCUGCAUUGUCCUUUGAACGAUAAGACAAAGCAUUUAAUCGGCGCCAAACAACUGAGCUUGAUGCAACCGCAUUCCGUAUUGAUCAACACAGCUCGUGGACCUAUCAUCGAUGAAGAGGCACUAGCAAUCGCACUAGAGAAUGAUCAAAUUGCCGGUGUUGGUUUGGACGUAUUCGAGAAUGAGCCUACGAUUCAUCCCAAACUGUUGAAGCAUCCCCGUGCGCUUCUAUUACCCCAUGUCGGCACGUUGGCAUACGGUACCCAAAAAGAGAUGGAAACGUUUUGCGUGGACAAUAUCUUACAUGGACUUAAAACGGGAAAAUUAAGCACUUUCGUUCCUGAGCAAAAAGAUUUG